GGAGGCACAGUUUCGCAUUGAUUUCAUAAUGCAUCGAUUGGUGGUCAUAUUCAGUUUCUGCCUGCUUUUGGUCGCAGGACAAUCGGUCGUGGAGCCCCAGGAGCUCUCCGAUAGCACCACCACUUACAUUGUCGAUGGCUUUCCAGAUGAAUCUCAAGAGCUACCCGGCAUAGUUGCGGAGACCGAUGAGGAGAUUGAAAUGAAUGCGCACAAGAUCAACUGGCUGCCCGUUUGGGAGGAGCAGGAGCAUGUACGAUUCGCACGGGAAGUGACCGAAAAGCCAGUUGGCACCGCAGCCACUGCCGAGAACUCCACGCCCAAAGACACGUUGGAUCUCGUCCUGCAGCCCAAGGAGAACAAGGAGUGCCCCACCAAUGCUGAGCGUGGACUCACCAACCUCGUCCGCGUAGCUCGCCCACUUUUGCCUGCUGCCACACUGAAGAACAUCCUGGCGAAUGGCGUUGAGGAUCCCCAGGUUCAAGAGUUGAUCAAGUUGCUCCGCAGCGAUAACUUCAAAACGCAAGUGCAGCUGCUGAAGGCCACCAAGCAGCACCAGCUGCUCCAUGACUAUGUCUGUCGGCGACUUAAAUUGGAUCCCACCUACUACGCGGAGUACGUGCGCGUGUUCCUCGACCUACACAUUUCCGACCCACCGACCAUUAAGUUGCCCAACCGUCGCCCGGGUGUCCGCGGAUUGCUCCAGGAUCUCCGUGAAGCCUUGCCCCGUACCGCCUUGAGGAAUAUGUACCAGCAACUCUACUCCUCCGACUCGGAGCUCUCGAGCGCCAUUCGCCUGAUCCGCGGCUCGGAAUUCCGGCGGCUGCUGCGCGAUCUGCGUCAACUUAAGGAGUACCGCUCCCUGGCCGCCGAUCUGGAAAAGUCUGGUGUUCCUCUGCGCCAGCUGCAGCAACUGGUGGCUAACGCCCUUGGUUGGAGCACCGUGGACAUGGCCGGAGAGACCGUCAUCUGGAGUCUUUAGGUGACGAAAGUCUCUACAGUUUCUUCCUUUUCAUUUGUAGCUCAUUAGAUCGAACUAUCUAGAUACUUUUUACUUUUUUUUUAACUUAAAGCAAAGAUUGAAAUUCUAAAGAAUAAUUUCAAGUAACAGCUUCAAGCCUGUGAUUAACUACUUUUUAUUUCAAAGUAUAUUUCCAGACAAAAAUCGUAUAAAUAGAAUCCCUUAAAUUUCAUUGUAAGAUCUAAAUAAGACGUGUUUUAUUUAUGAAUAUACCCCAUCUUUCUCAUUCGGGAGAAGUUGUUCUGGGGUUGCAUCUCCCACCAAGGCGACUGCAGCAACAAAUGAACUAUGUACAUAUAACUCAUUUGGUGCAAUUACAUAAAUAAAUACGCGAAGGCUACCGCAUCGAUGUGUUUACGUCUUC